AUGGCUGCUACCUUGCAUGCCAUGGCUUUGAUGAAGGGCAUGGCUGUCUUGCAUGCCGCGGCGUUGAUGAAAGGCAUGACUGAUUUGUAUGCCACGACCUUGAUGAAGAGCAUGACUACCUUGCAUGCCACAACGAUGGUCAUCAUACUGAGCUUCGGAUUCCUCCACCUUGCUGCAGGAACAGCAUCUCUGCUCGUCGACACGGCACACGUGUCGAACUACAGCGACUUCCUCUCCAUGCGAUACAAGAUGGUGAACCCUGAGAGUGUGAUGGACGUGGUGGAGGUGCUGCGAGCGUGCGAGUGUCGACAUUUGUGCCAGGCCUCAGGCUGCCAGGCCUUCAGCGUUCGUUCCCUUGGCUACGAUCGAUUCGAGUGCUCGGUGACCAACGUCAGCAUCUACAUCACCUGGCCCCACCCUGAACGCAACUCUGUCUACUACAUCCGCCGGGAUUCACGGGACCAUCUCGGAGUAGAUAACCUGGUAUACCGACGACUCGAUUCUCUCGUCCCUGAUUUCAACGCGACUAAAGAAGCUUGCAAGAACGUUACUGGUUUCCGAAUGGUGGCCGUUAGGUUCAAAGAGCAAAUGCCCAUCAUGUUAGAACUUUGCCUAGGGGCGAAACCAUGGUCUGCAUCGAAUUGUGCUGAAAGUAAAUGGUUUUUCUUCGUGGACAUGGUUAAAGUGAAUGGCCAACCGAUGAUCGAAGGAAGCAUUCACGUGAAUGACACUAAUUUGAAUCUCGAAGACAUUCAAAUCGAUCACGACAAUGAUCACAUCUUCAUCUACGCUUACGACAAACUCCAAGACGAUGUUUUCACACAGUCCUUCUUUCCCGUCUGCCAGGCUAACCCUUUCGGCGUCAACUGGUAGGACAACAGCCAAUUGAUAUCCACAUCCAUUGCUCCUUUAGAGUUUUAGCUUAAAAUUUUUCGUCUUUGGAUUUCAUUAUGAUCGUCAUGACUCUCCUCUUGAUGACCUCCCUGGCAGAGAGAUCAUCAAGAGAUUAUUUUGAUUGAUGCCUGGUUUGCUUUAGCCCAAAUUUUAAUGUGAUUAGUUCAACUUCCCCUUGAUGAUUCUGGCCUAGAACAGUGUGAAACGAACUAUCAAAUUAACGAAAUGUGUUGAAGCGAUGAAUACCAGGCUGAAAUAAAAGACUAUACGUUCGAAUCUUCACUCCACUAAUUCCUGACUUAAAACUAAAACCAUAGUUUCAUGCUCCACUUGAAUGGCUUUUACCGUGCAUCACCUGUAUUCAUUAAAAAAUGAAUGAUCACAGGAAAUGGCACCUCUUCAGUUAUCCCUUUUAUCUUCGACUAUUCACUUAAAGUCGCCAUUUCUUGAAUUCACCAUUUCUUGAAGUCACCAUUUAUGUUUUUCAGGUAGGUAUAUUCAAGCACUCUAUCGAGAUUUUACAAGCGGAUAAAAUAUAUCAAUUUUUAUACAAGAAAUUUGCUCACUAGGCCUACGCAGAAACUCACCAAAGAAAUCUAUCCAUCGUGAAACUGGUCAAUUUUAUUUCUGUUUUGUGCGUGAAUUUCGUGAUAGCUCACAUUCACCGAGGUGAACUAAACCUCUUCACAGAUUCUGAAACUUCCACACAAUAUUUACAAACUUUGAA